UGUGAUGCAUAAAGAAAAAUGCUUUCAAGAAGGGUUUUUGAGCAGUUUGUUGCUGAACAAACAGCAGAUCUUUGUGAUCCAUUUUUGAAAGCAAAGUGAAAGUAAAGCUCAACAACAGUGAAAAUGGCUUCAACAGCUGAAUAUGAUUAUAUGUGUCCUGUAUGUCACGAGAUCUUCAAUACUCCUGUUAUUUUAUCAUGCAGUCACAGUUUCUGUAAAGAGUGUCUUCAGCAGUUCUGGACAACCAAGGGAACUCAGGAGUGUCCUGUCUGCAGGAAAUCUUCAAGACAUCAACCUCUAGUUAAUCUUGCAUUAAAAAACUUGUGUGAGUCGUUCUUAAAGAAGAGAAAUGAGAGGCGUUCAUCAGGAUCUGAGGAGCUCUGCAGUUUACACAGAGAGAAACUAAAACUCUUCUGUCUGGAGGACAAACAGCCGGUGUGUUUAGUGUGCUUUACUUCACAGCAACAUGACAAUCAUAAAUUCAGACCCCUCAGUGAAGUGGUUUCAUCACAAAAGGAGGAGCUCAAUACAGCACUGAAGUCCUUACAGGAGAAACUGAAACACAAAGAAAACAUUAAGGGAGAGUUUGAGAAAACACUUCAACACAUCAACUCUCAAGCUGAGCACACAGAGCGUCAGAUUAAACAGCAGUUUGAGACGCUUCAUCAGUUUCUCAGAGAUGAAGAAGAAGCUACAAUCACUGCACUGAGGGAGGAAGAGGAGCAGAAGAAGCAGAUGAUGAAGGAGAAGCUGGAGGAGAUGAACAGACACAUCUCAGCUCUUUCACACACAAUCAGAGACACGGAGGAGAUGAUGAGAGCCAGUGACGUCUGCUUUCUGAAGGAGUUUCCAGACUCAAUGGAAAGAGUCCAGAUCUCAUCACAGCCGGAUCCACAGACUCCUUCUGGAGCUUUGACUUAUGUGCCGCGUUACUUGGGCAACCUGAGCUUUAGAGUCUGGAAGAAGAUGCAGGACAUGGUCCAGAACACUCCCGUGAUUCUGGAUCCAAACACGGCUCAUCCAGAUCUGGUUCUGUCUGAUGAUCUGACCAGUGUGAAAUGGAGCUGGAACAAACAACCACUUCCUGAUAAUCCAGAGAGGUUUAACUGUUAUCCCUGUGUCCUGGGUUCAGAGGGUUUUAACUCAGGAACACACUGCUGGGAUGUGGAGGUUAAACAGAGUUCAGACUGGAGUCUUGGAGUAACUACAGCAACAAACCCGAGGAAGGGACGGGAUUUCUAUAAGACUUGUGUUUGGAGUGUGUGGUACGAUCAGUACAGCCUGUCUGAGCAGCCUGUCUUUGGCUUUCGUGUUAAACAGGAUCUUGAGCGUGUGAGAGUGUAUCUGGACUAUGACAGAGGGACAGUGUCAUUCUCUGAUCCUGUAACUAACACACAUCUACACACAUUCACAACCUCCUUCACUGACACCGUCUUCCCAUUCUUCUGCUGUUAUACUAUUUUCACUCUUAAUAUUUUACCGUUCAGUAGUUAGUAAACGUUACUCCUGUAGAUCUGGAUCUUCCUGCUUUCAUUAUGUUUCCUAUAUUCAAUUCAUAUCACACGAGUAAGAGACUGUUGUUCUGAAUAUCAGUACUUCUGUGAUUGGGCCGUGAUGAUCACAUGACUGAUAUCAGAACUACAGCAACACUCACACUCUCAUAUUGCUCUUAUACAACAGUACCAGCUGUGUGUAAUGUCGGGAUCACACUGCAGGAUUUUCAAAGUCAUUGGAUCGCUGUUCUUCUCACACUGCACGACUGUCUGGGGUAUCGUCUAGUUCAGGGG